GUUCACCAAAUUCCUAGAAGUCUUUAAAAGACUACACAUCAACAUUCCUUUUACUGAAGCUUUGGAACAAAUGCCCCAUUAUGUGAAGUUCAUGAAGGAGAUAUUGUCUAAGAAGAGAAAAUUGGAGGACUAUGAAACAGUGGCAUUAACUGAGGAGUGUAGCGCCAUUUUGCAAAAGAAACUACCGCCCAAGCUUAAAGAUCCGGGUAGUUUCAAUAUUCCAUGUUCUAUAGGGGGUUCGGUGGAAACUAAAGCUCUAUGUGAUCUGGGAGCAAGCAUUAAUCUAAUGCCAUUGUCUGUCUUCAAAAGGCUAGGAUUGGGAAAAGCAAAGCCUACAACAGUGACUUUGCAACUGGCAGAUCGUUCUUUGACUCAUCCUCGUGGGAUAAUUGAAGAUGUACUGGUGAAGGUUGGUAAGUUUAUCUUCCCUGCUGAUUUCCUAAUUCUUGAUAUGGAGGAAGAUUCAACUAUUCCCAUUAUUUUGGGAAGACCAUUCUUAGCCACGGGCCGAGCAUUAAUAGAUGUUCACAACAUUGGAGGUCAAUUUUCUUCAUUUGGUACAAGGACCCUAUUGGAUGCAAGAGGUGGACUUGAUCCAAUUUGA